GUAACUUUUUCUUAUGGAAUAAUAGUUGUAUGAUAUUAUGUUGAAAGAUCAUAUUUGUUACAAUGAUGAGAUACUAUUAAUUAUACAUCAUUUAUGUUGUUAAUCAAGCAUGACCCUUGUUUAGUAAAUGCGUCUCAAAUUUAUUUGUUCAAUACAUUUUUCUACUUUUAAAAACGUGUUUGUGCUUUUAUUUUUUAUUUUUGAAUUUAUUGAGGGAAGUUUUCUGUCCCCAACGGAAGUUUUUGAUGAAUAGUGGAAAUUUGGGAAACUCUCCCAAACAAACACACCCUUAGAAAAAUUUAGGGCUGCCUCUAUUCCCUCCCAGUGCCGUCGUUCUAUUGAAGUUAGAUCUUCAGGUGCAAUCACUGGAAAGUGUCUCCAGCGCCGACCCACCAGGUAAGUUUUCAUACAUCUAUUCAUUGAUAAUCCUCAUGUUGUUCGAAAUUGAAACCUGAUUGGUUGUAAGUUUUUUUUUUUUAAAGAAUAAUUAUUUGUAGUUUCUAGAACUAGGUUUUUCACUACCACGCGCCUUUCUCUCCGGCCGUGGUUCGGCCACGAUCAGGUAGGUGGCUUCUCCCCCUUCCCUCUUCCCUUAUUUCGUGUCGGGGGUGCUAUAUAUACCCUGAUAUCCGCUUACGGCAGCCCUAUCCUCUUAUUAGCUUUGAGAUUUUCAUUAUCGCUUUUGUUCCAUCUUCUGAAGUAUGUUUUUAGCCUUUCUAGAUUACAUAUUACUUUGUUUUGCUGAGAUUUUUCGCACCUUAAGUCUUCAAUAUGUAUGUUUUUCAUGUUGAUUUAUUGUAUUCUUUGUCUCUAUAGCCGUAUUUGACCCUGUGUUUGAAUGAAUUUUCAUGAUCUAAUUUUUUCUUUAUUAGUCUUGUUUUGAUAGCUCUUUUGUUUUUGGAUUUAUCUUUUUAUAUCGAUUUAUGAGUGGAAUUGUUAAAUUGGUGUAACGAGAGAUUUUAUUUAGGAAACUAUGAUUUGCUAGAUUGAGAAGAUUAUUAAAUAUAAUCAGAAUUUUUUUUCCCCUUUCUUUCUUUACAUAGGAUUAAUGGUUGAAAUUUCACAAAAUAAUGGUGGAUUUUCUCUGAAUGGUUAUCUUUUUAAAAUAAAUAAAUAAAUAAUAUCUAAUAUAUGAUUGUGAGUAAAGUUCUGUUGAAAUCUAUAAACACACAAACACAUAUACUUUUGUUAUCCCAUGCCUUAUGGGAUACCUUUGCAACAAGGUGCACCUUGAGUUUCAAAUAAUUAUGAAUCCAUGUUACUCUCUAGUUUGUGGAGUAUUUAUUUUGUGGAGUAGUUAUUAAAGGAUCGGGACAUCAUGAUGUAGAGGUUCUUUCUACUCCCUCAAAUUGUACUAUGGGUAUGUAGUUCAUUUAAAUCUGAACAUUCAAAUAAAUUUAAUGUUUAAGUGGUUUUGGAGUGGCAGUUAUUUCGAAACAAUUUAAAGUGUGUUUACCCAUGUGUUCUAAGUCAUUCUUGAAUGUUCUUGUUUUCAUGAACCUUGACUUCUAUCCUACAUGGAUUUCAUGACACUUUUUUCUAACAUUUUGGUCAAUGAAGGUUAAAAACAAAAAAAAAUGGCUUAUAGACGUCAUGAGGGCUCCAUAUCUCACCUGACCGAGAAGGAGUUAUCACCAUUAAUUCCCCGCUUUUUCCAUGUAUUGGAUGAUGCUGAUGUCUCACAUGCACUGCGCUUGCCAUCUUCAUUUGCUCCAAGGGUGGAGCACUUGGUGGACCAAGAAAUCCUCCUUGAGGAUUUAUGUGGGCAGAUCUGGCCCGUAACUCUAUCCUAUGUUGACAAUGCAUUAGCAUUCGCAUCAGGAUGGAAAAUAUUUUAUAGGGACCAUGCUCUUGAGGGAGGAUGUUCCUUGAUAUUUAACUAUGUAGGAGAUAGGCAAAUUUCUGUUCAAAUAUAUGAUCCAAGUGGCUGUGAAAGAACUUGCUUCACCUAUCCGGUGCGACAGUUGAACAAUCACAACUACAAUCAUGUUGGAGUUGAGGGAAUUUCCGAAAUAGGAUCAGCUCCUCAAACUGCAGCCAUGGGGAUUCCUCAAAGAAAGGGAGUCUUUAUUUCUGAUAUCCAUAAUGAUGCAAUAAACGGGAAAAGUUAUGGAAAAGGGAAAGAGCCAAUCAUCGGGAAGAAAUGGGGAUCCAUUCACCUUGAUGCAACCCCAAUUAUGCCGCCACCAGGAUUUAGCAAACCGAUGGGAGGUAUCUCCCUGAAAAGAAUGGAUGCCUCCACACUCAUAAUCCCAACAGAGACAAAAUUUGUGCCUGUGAAACAAGAGGACCCUAUAAGUCCUCCUCCUGGGUUUAGCAAGCCAAUGGGAUGUAUCUCAUUGGAAAGAUUGGAUGCCUCCAGACUUGUAAUCCCAACGGAGGCAGAACUUGUUUCUGUGAAACAAGAGGACCCCAUAAGCCCACCUCCUGGGUUUAGCAAGGCGAUGAGAGGUAUUUUCUUGGAAAGAAUAGAUGCCUCCAGACUCGUAAUCCCACCGGAGGCAGAACUUGUUCCUGUAAAACAAGAGGACCCUAUAAGCCCGCCUCCUGGAUUUAGCAGACCAAUGGGAGGUAUUUCCCAGGAGAGAAUGGAAGGCUCUCGACCUGUAAUCCCAAUGGAGGCCGAACUCGUGCCUAUCAAACAAGAAACUUUUGUGGAGGGUGGAAUGGAUGAUACAGUGCAAGAGCGUAGGUUUUUUAAGGUCUACCAUCGGCGAAAACGAAUAUGAAGAUCAACACCAUAAUGAUUUAAUUUGUCCGGUCAACAUAUAAAAAAUUGACUGCUUGUCCAUAUUUAUAGGAUGUGUUGCAUAGACAUAUAAUUUGUGAUGAGAUCAAUAAUAGUUUGGGUUAUAUUAGUUCAUGUAUUGUAUUUAUAUUAUAUUAAUGUAUGGUGUGUGCUGGUUAUCAUUGUAUCAUAUGGUUUCUAUAGUAGAUGUAUCGUGAAUCAUUCAGUAAUUAUUUGUUAUUUAUUUGUUAGGUUAGGUUGGGAGUGGGUUGCAUUACUU